GGAACACAAGGCAGCAAUGGAUAGCAGAGUGGCUCAGCCUGACCCUGGGAUGGCAUGGAUUCACACACAGCUGCUGGCUGCCGUCCAGCACACACACUAGGCAGCUAACACCAAUGAGCUUCCAUGCUCCUGUUCAGCCAUGCUUCCUGGGUAUGGAUUCUCACCUUUUCCUGAUUUCCAACCCCACCUUCACGCUUUUCGCUGCAGAGAGAGUCCCAGCAUGUGGAUCCCUGGCUCAGGGGAGUCCCCGGCUCUGAGCGAGGCCCAGGAGGACAGGCCUCUCCUCCACCCGUGCCACCACAAGCAUGUCGCCGUGUGCCAGCAGGAGACAUUGGCUUUUAUUGAGCUGCAACCACCAGUGACUCCUAAACUAAACGGUCUUGGCUCUCCAAGGCCAACUGCUAUUCCAGAGGCACAAUGCACGACACACUCCCUGCCCCUAAACGGUUUCAAACACACACUUAAUGAACUGAAUGACAUGCAGAGCAGCUGCCACAGGACAGACAAUGAGCAUGAAACAACAGUGAAUUUGAACUCUCACACACCUUCAAAUGAGCUUGAAUGCCAUAAUGGCAUCAGGACUUCUUUACAGGAGCAGACAGAAAAACCUCGUUCUGUCACAACAGUGUGUCGUCCUCUCCACGCAGCUCUUAGUCUCCCUCUGCCUUUCCCUCUGUCCUCUCUAUACACAAACAGAGACUCUUGGGAGUCUCAGUUACCUUGCUCUCCAUCCUCACCUGAAGGUCCUGGGUUUCAGAGUCCUGACUCCUAUCAGCCGCAGAGGAGGACGUCACAGGGUUCACUGAAAGAGAAGUCUAUCCGGCGAAAGAUGCAGGUUUAUUCACCAGACAGCCAGAGCGAGGAAUCUCUCAGCAGCCCCAUCCUGGACGCAGACUAUAUCUUCCCAGGACCUUUUGCAUCUUUCCUGGAGGAAGACCUCAGUGGAUUAUCUUCUCUAGAGGCCAUUUCAAGCCCUUCAUCCACAGACGGUGUUUCAGAUCUCCCAAACCUCAGUCAGGAUGACAUUUUUAAUUUGCCUGCAGAGCCACUGCACAUAAUAGAGGACUCAUUGCCGGGCCUGGGGGAGGACAGCACAAGUGUAGAGACAUCAAGUGCCACAGGGGGGAGCUUUUUGCCGCGUGGCCGUCAGGGCGAUCAUGAGCGGCGGCGCUUCUCAGCUUCAGAACUGAUAUCCAGACUGCAGCUGUCUCAGAGGAAGAACUCCUUCACCUUGAAGCUGGGGAAGUCGCUGUCUGCACGGGUCGCUUCCAGGGACCGACAGAGCUCCAACAGCAUUAGCCUCAACUCUGACUGUAAGUCCAGCUCCAAGCAGCGCAGCUCAGGAGGCUCUAGUGAUAGUGCACCUCACAGUCCUGUUGGACCUGCACCCACUCUGCCAAACACUGACAAUGGCAUGCCUUUGCAUCGGUGGAGCUCAAAACUUGGAAUGCGUAAGAAAUCCAUAGAGGAGGACGUCUGCACACUCCCAACUGUCGCCAGUUCCAACCGCUUAUCACGGUUUUUGCCCAGCUCGAUUCUGUACCAGGAAUACAGUGACGUGGCCAUCAACAGAGAGAUCCAGAGGCAGCAAGGGAAGGAGCCGGGCACAGAGGAGGAGGGGCUCAGGGACGGGGGGUCAGACGGGACCCCAUCUCCUUCUAAUCUGUCUCCAUCCAGCUCCUUCCGCUCAUCACGAGGCUCUGCUUUUGCACUGUGGCAGGACAUCCCAGAUGUUCGAACCAGUGGCCAGCUCGACAACUUUAGCAAUGAGGAACGGAAAUUACAGGAGGCAAAGUUUGAGCUGGUGACGUCUGAGGCGUCGUACAUACGUAGUUUGACGAUUGCAGUGGACCACUUCAUGCUGUCCCAGGAGCUCGCUGAGUGUCUCGGAGCUCAGGACAAGCAGUGGCUGUUCUCCAAGCUGCCUGAAGUCAAAGGUGUCAGUGAGAGGUUUCUUGAGGACUUGGAGCACAGGCUGGAGGAGGACAUUCUGCGGUUUGAUGUGUGUGACAUUGUGCUGGAUCACUGCCCGGAUCUGCGAAGGGUUUAUUUACCUUAUGUAACCAACCAGGCAUACCAGGAGCAGACAUACCAGCGUUUACUGCAUGAGAACCCUCGUUUCCCAGGCAUCCUGGCACGUUUGGAAGAGGACCCCAUCUGCCAAAGACUUCCUCUGACCUCGUUUCUAAUCCUGCCGUUUCAGAGGAUCACGCGGCUUAAAAUGCUGGUUGAGAACAUCUUAAAGAGGACAACACCGGGCUCCCGAGAUGAGGACACUGCCACGAAAGCUUUCAAUGAGCUAAAAAAGAUCAUCAAAGAAUGUAACUCCAGUGUGCAGUCAAUGAAGAGAAUGGAGGAACUUAUUCACCUCAAUAAGAAAAUCAAUUUUGAGGGCAAGAUCUUUCCUCUGAUCUCUCAGUCCCGCUGGCUGGUGAAACACGGUGAACUCCUGGAGGUGGACACUCAGAUGAUGAGUAUUUCUGGAUCAAAGCUCAAGUUGCCCACCAAGCCCGUGUACCUCCACCUGUUCAACGACUGCCUCCUGCUGUCCAGGAGGAAGGAUGCAUGGAAAUUCAUGGUGUUUGUACACGCCAAGAUCGGAGAGCUUAAAGUGAAGGACCUCAGUCAGAAGCUUCAAGGUAUUUCAGGCUUCAUCUUCCACCUGCAGCUGUGUGAAGGCCAGCAGCUCAAACACCAGAUUCUGCUCAAGUCACACACUGAGAGUGGGAAGCAGAGAUGGAUCACAGCGAUGUUUCCGUCUGAUCCGCUGGAAGACAUCGAGCAGGCCAGUGAGAAUGAUGAUAUAUCCCAGGUUCAGUGCAUCAAAAGCUAUCAGGCCCAAGAGCACGAUGAGUUAACUCUGGAGAAGGCCGACAUCCUUCAUGCUAAGACCAUAACAAGUGAUGGCUGGGUAGAAGGCAUCCGGCUAUCUGACGGGGAACGGGGCUGGUUCCCCAAAACCUACGUGGAGGAAAUCACAAGUCGCAGCGCUCGCCUCCGCAACCUCAGAGAAAAUAUCCGCAUCAAAUGUGUCACACAGAAACUGGAGGGGGAAGACUAACCACCUUAACUGCAACUUGUCGGGUGCAUUUGAGUUGCUAAUUACAUUUUUGAGCGGGUGGAUCGUUGUUUUAAUUUUAGAUGGAUGUGGGACCUACCUGUAGCAUGCAGGUCCUAAAACAAGCCAACGUUUUUAAGUGUGUAUCAGCAUUUUCCUUUAGCACGCUAGCUGCGAAAACAUUUAUUGCUCCUGUACAUUUUUAGUUGUAAAGACAAUGCAAUAAGAGUCUGUUGACAUUUUUAACACUUAAGCCACACUGAAGUUUUAAAAGGAGCAGUGACUUUAUGCAUGCUUUGAGUGAAUGCAUUAAAGUCUGAGACACAUAGGCACAGGCAUUUAUCAGCACAGGCUGCAAAUGUACUCAAAUCCAAAAGUAAAUGUUUACAUUUUUUGGCUCAUUUUAGAGGAGGCUGUCACUACAUUUUUCUUCUGUUUCAGGCAGUCAGCUGAGCUCUGUGCAGUGCAGGAGAUUCAUUCAUGUAAUGUCACAACAUUAGGAAGUUGCUCAAGGCAGAUUUUUCUACUUAGCUGCAUUAGGACUCUUUAAAGGCCUUUAAUCUUCAUCUUUGUUCACAUUGAGUGCUGCUUUCAUUCAGAAAGCAGAUCAAAAUUUGCCCUGUUAUGUAGUGCAUUUAUUUGACAAAAUUGCAAUCUGGUUAGAAAAAGAAGCAAAUGCCAGAUGUGUUUUUUUUCCGGCUUAUGUCCUUCGAGUAUCUGAUGACACUACAGUGCAUAAUUUCCAUCCAUGUGUUAAAAGAUGUAGUUGAUAAAACAACCUUUCCUCUUUAUCAAAGAGGAUGACACCCUCUCUGUACACACUGUAAAAGCUCUGCAGCAAUUUGGACCACAUGAACUCCAAAAGUUGUCCAAACAAAGCAACAGCAGAAUGAUGGUUUACUUUUUUGAAGAUAAUUUCACUAUUCUACUGUAACAUAAAUGAAGGACAGACUACCCUCUUAACAAGGCGACACAAAUACUUUUCUGCUCAAGUUCUAAUCUGAUUAAAGGAUUAGACUGUAUUUGAUAUUUUUAUUACUGUCAAAACUUCCGACGAAUAGACCAAAACCAACAAUGAUUUUAUCCUAACAAAGGUUACUGUAUUUGUUGCAAAAGCCUGAUAGAUCUUAUUCCUUUGUCCCAUAAAGCUCCAUUGUUUAAAAAAACUGAAAGAGACCUACUUCACUCAUUUUAAGUUUAAGACUCGUGUUUUAGGUGUCUUUUAGAACAAAAGACACUUUGUUUUUCUCAUACUGUCUGUUGUGGAACACCUGUUUAACACUCAGUUUUACCACCUGUCGAAAAAGGCCAGUUUGCUCAGUGUUUCAUAAUCUUCUGUAUGUCAGUUCUCUACACCUUCAUUGCAUUUGGGAGGGUGACUGUAACAGAAAAUAGCUGCACUUUGUACAGUGAAAUAUAUCCCGUAAAAGCUUCUAAACCAAAAUUUCAUAACAGGACAUGUUCCGGCAGAAAUAUUAUCUUGAAAACAUAACAUCAAAAUAUUAAGAUUUCCCUGAUGUUAGCACAUAGCUACAUGUCGCCGUGUAUGUCGUGUGCCACGAGCAGAUGACCACAUUAAAACAUCCAUCAACACAUUAUGACAAAAAAAUAAGGAAAGGCAUAAUAGGUUCAAAUGAAAAGCACAUCAGUGAGCCAGACUGUUCCAGCGGGGACGUUUUCCUUCACUACCAUGAACGCAAACGCUCCAGUUGAUUUUGUGUUAAUCCCACAUACACCAUCCGGCUGAUGUAACUACUGACUACAGCACCAAAUGUGUAUUCAUCCUGAAACUAGACCCCAACAAAUACACUAUUUACUCCUGUUUGAGUAGUGUUUGUUAAAAACUACAGUGACCAGCUGUUUUCUGGAAUGAUUUAGGCCUCUUUUUCCUUGUCUUGAGUAGGAACAAAUUAGGCUUUUGUAGCCGAGUGCUGCAGACAGAUGUUGGACAUUGUUGGUUUUGUUCAAUUUGUGGCAUUUGUUGACAGUAAGAAAAAUAUAAAAUAAUUGUCCUUAAGAAACCAGAAAAUGGACACCUACAAAGUUCACCUCAGGACACACUGACAUUCUAUUACAUUCCAUUGACCAUCAAUGCGAUUAAAAGUUUUGCUUCACAUGUACUGAAUUUUAAACAUUACCCCCAGUUAAGUAUAAGCUAGUUAUAUAACACUAAUUAUAUAAUUCCAAAUAUUGUCACACAGGAAGCACUGAAUUACAUUUAGGCCUACAUCAUCUACAUUGUGCCCCCUAUUAAGUGUAAAAAUGACCGAAAGCACAGUGUAACUGAGCUGAGACCUGUUAUUAAUGAACCACUAUAAUCAACAUUCAAAUGUAAACUCCUCCAGUGGCACAUGUAAUGUUUAUAACCCCCUUUUUUUCUAUAUAUGCAUUGUUAGUUGUAAUUUAUGUGGUUGCUUUUGCAGCAUGUGUAUUUAUACUCCUCUAGCUGGUCGUUCUCUAAGGAGAUUCUGAUGUAAAUGUACUUUAUUGUAGAUGGCUUCAUGUGUAAAGAGUAGAAAAUGGUUCAUUUUCUAUCACGACUGUAAUUUAUAUGAACAAAGAUUUGACAAAUAUUAUUACAUUCCGUAACUAUAAACUUUUCUGAUUCAUUUCUAAUACCAUAAUAAAUAUAAAUACUGUAAUACACUGGAUCUCUGCACACUACUGUAAAUGUUUAACCAUUGAAAUAAAUACAGAA